AUGGUCUCGCUACAUAUUCGAGUUCUGGGUGACUGGACCCAGCGACUCUAUGACUAUGUGGACCAGACAAGACAAAUCAAAGUUUACCUGGAUGGGCCUUACGGAACUCCGUGUCUUGACGUCGACGGUGAUCGUUACAAGAUGUUUAUGUUUAUAAGUGGUGGUAUUGGCAUCACUCCCAUGCAAUCCAUCUGCAACGAUAUACUGCAUCAGCGCAAAAGAGGGAGAGAUAUCAAAAGGGUAAUUGAUUCAAAGGGUUUCGUCACAUUAUGUCAAGCAUAAAGUAGAUCGUCUCUAAGAAAACUGGCGAUGCAUUGUCAUUGGGGUCAAACACCCAGGGGUUUACUUUCAUAAAAUUGCCUUUAUCAGUUGCGGGUAGCUUUCAGGCUUCAAGUACAUGAAAGGGUAAGGAUUUCACCAGCUGAAUUAUAUGGAAGAGUAGGGAAAUGUGUCAUUUCGGCCUGUAAAAAGGCCCAAAAUUAAAUGGCUAACAGUUGCGUUUUAUGUCUGCGAAAACGGUCACAAAAAUUCUAGUUUUGUGAUUUAUUCAUAUUUAAAACACAGUGCAUUUACUGCAGUUUAAAGGGAUGUAAAGUAUUAAACUGGGUAUGUGAAAGGGGUACCAUUUGUCAAUAGGUGUACGAAACGGGUGCCUUUUCUGUCACAAAUGGUAUAUACAAGGGUAAGAUAAGGGGUUGAACCCCUGGGUGGAGUCUUCCCACAUAAGACUUGGUUAAUGAAGAGAAUAGGAGGAACGAAGGAGUGUAUUGUUUCAGUGCGCCCGAAGGCAAAUUUACUUUGUCAACAAAGACCAGACAAAUUGUUUCAUUAAAGGGUUAAUUUCUCACAUUUCUAAAAAAACUGUACUGGCUAGGUUUGGUCCUGGCGAGGGUCUAGCACUGGAAAAGCCAGCUCUUAAAUUUUAUUACAAGGGUGAGUUCAAACGAAAGCUUAGUCGGAGGGCUAGCAUUGCUUGACAUUUUUUGCUAAUUUCUGUGAGUCUAUGUCGUUAGCUUGGCGUCUGUAUUAUCAUUUGUCAAUUAAAAUGCUCUUUGAGAAUGUAGUGAUUCUUAUGAAUGAUCUGUGACAUAGGAAUGCAUAUCUGACAGUGGUUUUGUUUGUCGGUUUAAAGGUUAUGUUUAUCUGGUCCGUUCGUGACCUGUUUAUGGUGACCUCAGUUCUUGAUUACGAUAAGGAGUACUUCCAAAAGAACACGAAUCUCAGACUACCAAUCUCCUUCUGCCCCGAUCUGGUCGUACGGGGACAGCCUCAAGAGGUAAUGGAAAACUAUUUCCAUCUCACCAGAGAGAGAGAUUCGUCCAAGUUUGAAGAAGCCAACAUCCGUCCAGAAAUGCAACCAGAUCUGAAAUUCGGUCGUCCUGAAUUGCCAAAACUAUUCUCUAAGAUGAAAGGCUAUGCCAGUGAGAUGGGUGAGACUAAAGUGGCGGUACUGACCUGUGGCCCAACAUCACUGGUGAACUCAGCCGAGAAAUUGUGCGCCACGUUCUCAAGUGGAGGUGAUACGUUUGACUUCCAUAAGGAAGUCUUUGAAUUUUGA